AGGACAUCACGUACGCAUUAUAUAUACUUAUAUAGACGUGUUGCAAAUUUGUUUUUAACUAACCAUUUCGAAACACAUAUAUACAACAACAAGAACAAAAAAAUUUUGCAAGAAAGCUCCUUCCAUGGCGGAUUCAAGCUCUUUUCUCCCUCCUCUUUGCGAAAGGAUUUCAUACAAAAGCUAUGUUUUAAGCGCUGUGGUUCUCACGAUUCUUGGCCUUCUCUUUUCACUUCUCUUGUACCGGAUUCUAUAUAUGAACCAAUACGACACAGUUUGGGUCGUGGCUUUUCUCUGUGAAGCUUGUUACUCUUUCAUGUGGCUGCUUUUUACCAACGUAAUAUGGAGUCCUGCUAAACAUAAAUCUUAUCCAGAUAGACUUGAUGAAAGGGUUCAAGAGCUUCCUUCAGUAGAUAUAUUUGUGACAACGGCGGAUCCGGUCAAGGAGCCAUCGAUUCUAGUUGUAAACACCGUGCUUUCGCUGUUAGCUCUGAAUUAUCCGGCAAACAAAUUGGCAUGUUAUGUGUCAGACGAUGGAUGCUCACCUCUCACUUACUUUUCUCUCAAGGAAGCUUUAAAGUUCGCCAAUAUUUGGGUUCCUUUCUGCAAGAAAUACAACGUUAAAGUUAGAGCUCCCUUUAGAUAUUUCUUGGACUCUCUCGACACUUCAAUGGGUUUUGAAUUCACUAAAGAUUGGGAAAUGAUGAAGAGGGAGUACGAGAAGCUAAGCCAGAAAGUUGAAGAUGCCACCAGAGAUUCCAAUUGGUUAGAUUCAGACAAUGAUUUUGAAGCUUUCUCAAGCACAAAACCAACCGAUCAUUCAACUAUAGUAAAGGUAAUAUGGGAGAACAAGGGUGGUGUGGGAGACGAGAAAGAGGUCCCUCAUCUUGUAUACAUUUCAAGAGAGAAAAGACCAAAUUACUUUCAUCACUACAAAGCUGGAGCCAUGAACUUUCUGGUAAGAGUGUCGGGGUUGAUGACAAAUGCACCAUAUAUGCUGAAUGUAGACUGUGAUAUGUAUGCAAAUGAAGCGGAUGUGGUGCGGCAAGCAAUGUGUAUAUUUUUGGAAGAAUCAACGAAUCCAAACCACUGUGCUUUUGUUCAAUGCCGCCACGAUUUCUAUGAUAACAAAUCCAAUGAACUCAUCAACAUGGAACCACAUGUGAUACUAGGAAUUGCGGGAAUCCAAGGGCCGUUUUACUAUGGGACAGGAUGUUUCCACACUAGAAGAGUUAUCUACGGUUUAUCUCCGGACGAUUUAGGAGAUGAUGAAAGUCUUGCUUCAGCUGCUACAAGGAAGCUUUCAACUGAAGAGAGUUUAGUGAGAGAAUUUGGGAAUUCUAAAGAGAUGGUGAAAUCGGUGGUUGGGGCGUUACAAAGACAUUUAUAUACCCAAAGAAUAUGUACAAACUCCAUAGAAGCGGCCAAAGAAGUUGGAAAUAUUCAUUAUGAACAUCAAACCAAUUGGGGCAAAACCGUUGGUUGGUUAUACGAUUCACUAUCGGAAGACCUGAACACGUGUACCAGAAUCCAUUCAAGAGGAUGGACUAGCUCAUCCAUUUAUAUGGAUCCCCCGGCUUUUCGAGGUUGUAUGCCGCCUGUAGGUGUAGAGGCGUUUCCCCAGAUGCGGCGAUGGAUGACAGGUUCGAUGGAAGUCUUCUUCAACAAACAAAGUCCGUUGAUCGGAAUGUUUCAACAAAAAUUAAAAUUCCGACAACGAUUGGCUUAUCUUGCUGCUUCCAUGUCGUGUCUAAGCCCACUCUCAAUGCUCUUGUACUGUCCCUUGCCCGCUUAUAGCUUACUUCACAAUACUAUCUUAUUUCCCAAGGGAAUUUCUUUAGGCAUAAUUAUCACACUUUUGGGGAUGCAUUUUCUUUACACUCUAUGGGAAUUUAUGACGAGUCCUGGUCUUUCCAUAGAAUCAUGGUAUGUUCCCAUGAGCAGUUCGUUAUUUAGCGUCUUUGAUAUAACACUCAAGCUUCUUGGUAUCUCGAGAACUGUCUUCAUAGUCACCAAAAAAACUGUGCCCGAGACUAAGUCAGGAUCUGGAGAUGCACCAUCUCAUCUGAAAGAUAAUGGUAUGAAACCGGAUUCAGGUAAUUCUGAAUUCGUUGGCUCGCUCUUUUUCUUGCCUGGCACAUUCAUUUUGUUGGUGAAUCUAGCCGCUUUAGCUGAUUUUUGGAUGGGCCUAAGAAUGAGGAGUCGUAGUGGCAAAGAAGGUGGCUCGGGUUUGGAAGAGGUUUGUGGAUGCAUUUUUGUGGCUAUAUCGUUCCUUCCAUUUCUAAAGGGUUUAUUUUUGAAGGGAAAAUAUGGUAUUCCAUUGUCUACUCUUUCUAAAGCUGCCUUUUUAGCAGUUUUAUUUGUUGUUUUCUCUCUGGGAAAUUAAAGUAAUGUCGUGAUAUUGUAAUGCAACUAAAUUAAGUUUACUAUGGCAUUGUUUUAAUUAAUAUAUUAUAUAUAUGCAUUUCGUUCCGAGUCCAGUUAGUUUCUUGAUCAUUGUAUAUAUAAUUUUUUACGUGCAA